AAACGCAGCCAGCGGGCACGUGCGCGCGCUCCCUGGUUCGCUCGCUGGCAGUCUGCGCCGGAUGACGUGAACAAUGAAGGAAAAGUUGCACUUUGCUUCCUCGCGAGGAACCUGAAGCGGACGCGAGGCAACUUUUCUCCUCGUCGACGCUGUUGCACGUUCGCUCUUUGACGGAAGUCUUUUGGAUUGUCGAAGCUCACCGCGCCAGUGGACGCCGCUGCGCUACCAGGCGAGGCGGGCAGCUAACGGCUAGCUGCGGCCCGCCUCCACAAACUCUUUCAAAGGCACUUUUUGUUGCGUCCGUUCGGCGAGCGAGCGAAGAGGGCGCCCGAUGCCGCCGCCGCCGCCGGCGGCGUCGUCGUCGUCGUUCCCCGGAGACGAAAAGAAGAAAGCUCGAGUUUACUGAUCGGGGGGGGGGGAGCAAGGCGGCUAACUGGCUAGCAUGCCACAGCUGGGGGACGACGGCGACUUGGGCGCCAGCGACGAGCUGAUCCGGUUCCGCGAUGAAGGCGAGCGCGACGACAAAAGAAGCGGAACCGCCGCCGGGACGGACCUGGACGACGUCAAGUCGUCCCUGGUCAACGAGAGCGAGUCCACCGACGCGUCGGCUUCCGAGGCGGCGAGCAGGCGAGGCGGAACCGAACGGGACGCGCCCGGCCGGGCCAGGAGGCCACGUCACCAUGGCGACGAAGGCCGCGAACCCAAUUCAGCGUUUGGAAACAAGUUGAGAGCGCUGAGGAGGCAGCGGACUGCCGGCGGUCUCUUGGCGCCCUCGCCCUACUUGGGCUACCCCUUCUUCCUGAUUCCAGACCUGCGCGCGUCCUAUCUCGCCGGCGGAGGACUGGCGGCGGCACGUGCGUAUUUUCCUCUCCAGUGGCCCCUGCUUGACAUUCCGGGAAGAGCCGCCGUGAGAGACGCCACGCCCGCUCACCUGUCUAGCGGCGUGCACGCACGCGCGGGUCGUCUCCACCCGCUGCUGACCCGCCGCCCCGAAGGUUUCCUCCCGCCCCAGAAGGCGUCGCCCGGCCUCUCGCCCGACGCAGGCUCGUCCCGCCCGCCGCACGUCGCACGCUAUCCCGUCUCGCCCGGGGGCGGGGCUCAGAUGCCGCACGCGUUUGAUUGGCUGCAGGGUCAGCCGACCUACCCGAUGACGGGAGGCUUCUCGUCCGCCGCCCUCGCCAUCAACGCCUCCGCGUCGGGCCUGGUGUCGAGCGGCUUCUUCCCCUCGCCGUCGGCUUCCGUCUCGGCGGCCGUCAAACGAGAACCCCGAGAGCCCCGAGAGGCGGGAUCGCCGAGGAAGUCGCCGCCGCCGGGCGCGCGGGCCGUCGACCGGAAGGUCAAAGGUCACAUCAAGAAACCGCUCAACGCCUUCAUGUUGUUCAUGAGGGACGAGAGACCAAAAGUGGUUGCGCAGUGCCAAGUCAAGGAGAGCGCCACCAUCAACCAGAUCCUGGGACAGCGGUGGCAUUCCCUGAGCAAGGACGAGCAGGCCAAAUAUUACGAGCUGGCCCGGAAGGAGCGCCUGCUCCACUCUCAACUUUACCCCGGAUGGUCGGCCAGAGACAACUACGGCAAAAAGAAGAAGAGGAAGAAGAGCAAGUGCGAAGCGCAGCCGCACGCCAACGCAGACGAUUGGUCGCCGGAGCCCAAGCGGCCCGGGCGCCCCCUCGUGCACACGCGCCCGGGCGCGGUCUCCCAUCUCACGCACAGCCACUUGUCCCAGGCCAGCCCCGCCUCCUCCGUGGGCUCGCCGGCCACGCCCACCGCCGCGCUGGCGUCGCCCGCCGCCCCGGCGCCCACGAGCACCGAACACACGCGGUCGGCCUCGUGCGGAGGACGCGCGUCCCCGUGCGCCGACGGGCCGCCGGCCCUCGCCGCGAAGCCCCCGCGGCCGCCCGUCGCCUCCCCGGCCCCGCCCUCGUCCUCUCACGCGUGAGCCGAUCGGUCACCGACCGGCCAAAAAAAAAAAAAAAAAAACGUUUUUUAAAUCCUGUUUCUUGUAGUGCGAAAACGACAAGUUUGUGGUCAAUAUUUGACUUUGUCGUCAGGCGUGUUUUAAUUUUUGUGUUUUCACUCACAAAACUGCUUUUGUAAACUCUAAUAAAUCU